GUUUCCGCGCCAGGGGCUGGUCCGGUAGCAUUGCUGAUACUACACGAUAACAAGGUUGAACAAGCUCUGCCCCCAUGUAUCUUCUACAUGUCUUUAACCAACGCAUCCUCAGUCAAUCUCAGUUGUCUUUCCUUUUAUCUUACAUGCCCCCCGAUUCUUACUCCUCGAUCCUAUCUAGACCUAUCGACACCCUCAAGGGUUGGUGAUCUGAUCGACACUUGUUACUAGCUUCAGCAUGUUUAGUCUUAGCAGCAUCGUUUUUCUUGCAAUCGGCUUUGCUGCUAUAAUAUAUGCUCUGGUCUGGGCGGGCAGGAGGAGUGGUGAUUUACCCCCAGGUCCUCCAACACUACCCAUCAUUGGUAAUCUCCAUCAGAUACCCGUGAAACGGACUCACUUGAAGCUCACACAAUGGGCCCAAGAGUGUGGCGGGAUCUAUUCUCUCAAAUUAGGCUCUACCACUGCUAUUGUUUUAACGGAUCGUCGGCUAGUGAAGGAAAUGCUGGAUAGGAAAAGUUCCGUCUACAGCGGAAGACCGAUUUCCUACGUUGGUCAUACGCUCAUCACGGAUGGAGAUCACAUCUUGACAAUGCACUAUGGAAACCUAUGGCGGAGUUAUCGAAAGCUUGUCCAUCAAUUUUUCAACGAGGGCCUGGUAGAGAAGAACUAUGUCAGUCUCGUGAGCGCUGAGGCAAUUCAACUGCUUCGAGAUCUGUGCGUCUCCCCGUAUGAUCAUAUGCUGCACUCGAAACGUUUCAGCAACAGCGUCAUCAUGAGCCUCAUCUAUGGCGUCCGCACACCCAAUAUCAAAACUUCUCACAUGACGAAACUCUACGCCCUUAUGUACGACUGGUCUCAAGUCAUGGAGCCUGGAAAUACACCUCCAGUCGAUGUGUUUCCGUUCCUCCGCUGGGUACCAGAGCGCUUUCUCGGGAGCUGGAUCUCAAGAGCCAAAAGCGUCCACAAAGAAAUGAACACCCUCUACUUCGAAUACAUGGACCUCGUCGUCCAGCGCCGCGUUAUCGAGGGAAACAAACAAUCCUUCAUGGAUCAAGUUCUCGAUCAGAGAGAAACAUUCGGCUUCAACGAACACCAGAUCGCGUUCUUAUGCGGAACAGUCAUGGAAGGGGGGUCGGACACCUCGUCGUCCAUGAUAAUCGCCUUCAUGAAGGCCAUGGCGAAAUGGCCCGAGGUCCAAAAAAGGGCGCAGCUCGAAAUUGAUGCUAUUGUUGGAGAAAAGAGGUCCGCCAGUUGGGCUGAUUACACCCGACUCCCAUACGUCGCGGGUAUCGUCAAAGAAACAAUGAGGUGGCGACCUGUCGUGCCCUUAGCCUUUCCACAUGUUUUGGCUGAGGACGACGUUGUUGAUGGAUACCAUAUUCCGAAAGACAGUACCGUCUUCCUCAACGUGUACGGCUUGAAUCACGACCCUAGUCGCUUUCCAGAUCCGGAUGUUUUCAAUCCGUCGCGCUUUGAGGGCUGCACGACUUUGGCCUCCCACCUUGCCACAGCCGCUGACCCUAAUGACCGCGAUCAUUAUUCAUAUGGCGCCAGCCGCCGUAUUUGCCCAGGGAUGCACCUUGCAGAGCGCAACCUGUUCAUCGGAAUGGUGAAAAUGCUAUGGGCUUUCGAGAUUAAGCCUGCGAAGGAUAACGAAGGACGGGAUAUUGAAAUUGAUGUUAGCAGUGAGUCGGGGUAUAGUGCUGGUUUCUUGGUGGGCGCGAAUGAUUUUGCAUGUGAGGUAGUGCCGCGUUCCGAGAAGAGACGGGAGACGAUUAUGAGGGAGUUUGCAGAAGCAGAGAAAAGUGUGUUUGGGAGGUAUCAGUGCCCUUGACUAAGUGUAAGCUGGAUUUGCAAGAGCUGUUCAAGUAAUCCUCUGCCUAUUCAGUGUCCAAAACCUCAAGAAGCCGUUUUCGGGGACUGCAGAUUGGAAGACCUCCUUUCUGGGCGUAUUCAUCUAUUUUAGAACUCUACUGCCUAGUCGACUUCCAAAUCCUUAUGACAUCUUUUCCGGCGCUCGUAACUAAAGCUCCUACUUUUCGAAAGGAAAUAUUCUUUCUUUCGUGCCCGACAGCCUGAAAGGAGCGAUCUUGCUUCCAUUUCGACACGCCGCCUAGCGAC